GCUGCACGCUUGUGCGACUGAGCUUCUGAUCGCAACAUCAGAAAUGAUAAAAGUAUGCUCCUGUAAACACUGAAACUGUUCGUUUUGCAUGUGGCAUGAACGGCAUAUACGAAAAACUGCAAGCUGCAUAAAGAAAAACCAGAGACAUGGUGGAAAAGACGCACGGGAUUCACUUAUCCAAGACACAAGUUGGGACGACAGGCAAUGGUUUCUGUGGUGAGCCUUUAGAUGCAGAGGAUCAUGUAAUAGAUGACCAGGCUGAGCAGCGCUCCUGUCUUAUUUGCGGAGACCGUGCCACAGGUCUGCACUAUGGCAUUAUUUCCUGUGAGGGAUGCAAGGGCUUCUUCAAGCGCAGCAUCUGCAACAAACGCGUCUACCGCUGCAGCCGCGACAAGAACUGCGAGAUGUCGCGCAAGCAACGUAACCGCUGCCAGUACUGCAGACUUCUCAAGUGCCUGCAGAUGGGAAUGAACCGCAAAGCAAUCAGAGAGGAUGGUAUGCCAGGAGGAAGGAAUAAAAGCAUCGGCCCUGUCCAGAUAUCUGAUGAGGAGAUUGAGCGGAUUAUGUCUGGACAAGAGUUUAAGGAUGAGGCCAACAUGCCAGAACACACAUGGGGAAACAACGGCGACAGUGACCACAGUUCCCCAGGCAACGGGGUCUCCGAUGGGAACCAGCCUUCUCCUGUAUCCACACUUUCAUCCAAUCGUUCUGUGGAGCUAAACGGCUACACUGCAGCACUGAGGGAACAGUACAUUGGCACAGCUAUGGCCCAACACUACCAGUUUUUGCCUCAUCUGUUCGGAUAUGCAGCACAGCCGCGGAGUUUGUACCCUCAGAGUCAUACCCUCAUCAGCCAGCUGGUGGCAGCAGAGGAACUGGCCCCACUCGGCACACCCAUGCUCAUCGAGGACGGGUAUCGGGUCACUCAGGUGGAGCUCUUUGCCUUGUUGUGCAGACUUGCGGAUGAACUUCUGUUCAGACAGAUCUCGUGGAUCAAAAAGCUGCCGUUUUUCUGCGAGCUGUCCAUCGAGGAUUACACACGGCUCCUGAGCGCCACCUGGCAGGAACUCAUCCUACUGGCCUGUCUAACCGUCUACAGCGCUCAGGUUCUGGGCGACCUUGCCAACGUGACCGACAAAUACACACCAUCCGAUGAUGAGCUGCAGGGUUUCAGUGAGGACGGGAUGGAGGUGAUGGAGAAGCUGAUCUAUCUGUUUCGUAAAUUCCAUCAGCUGAAGGUCAGCAAUGAGGAGUACGCCUGCAUGAAGGCCAUCAACUUCCUCAACCAAGAUAUCCGGGGUCUGACCAAUGUGACCCAGCUGGAGCAACUAAACAAGCGUUACUGGUACGUUUGUCAGGACUACACCGAGUACAAGUACCCUCACCAGCCCAAACGCUUUCCUGAGAUUAUGAUGUGUCUACCAGAAAUCCGCUGUAUCGCAGGGAAGUUGGUCAAUAUUCCUUUGGAACAGCUCCCCCUGUUGUUUAAGGCAGUAUUGCACUCCUGUAAAUCAAGUCUGAGCAACUACAAGACAGGCUCCUCCCCCUGCGUGACUAAGGGUACCACCCCCGCCAAUUAACCCCACCUCCUUCGACACACCCCUUCCCAUCUAUUGCACGGGGGCGGGGUGUUAUUCGGGGUGGGACUCCGGGUACCCCACUCUUCUGAUGAAUGUGACGAGAAACUAUUUUAUGCAUUUUGUUUAGUGUAGUUUUGUUUUUGUUUUCUUUCUAUUUAUUACCAGACAGAGCUGAAUGUAUGUUGAUCCACACUGUGCACCUGUUUCUUUUCAAAUGGAAAUGCACAAAAAGCGCAGUGGAUUUCACACGCUUCAGUCCAACUGCGAUAUGUGACGGUGUAACCACUGAUCAGAUUAGAUCUACCACUAGGUUUAAUUUUGUACAUUUAUUCGCUUUUUCAGGGGGGGCGAUAGGGACAAAAAUAGUUUAAUUGAAAAACUACCUCAGGAAGAAAAUGUCUUACGAACUCUUUCUUGAUUCGCAAUGCUCCGGCUGAUCGGAUGUUAAUGUUGAUAUUAGGCCUUCAAGUGUUUUAUUUUUUUUUAGAACGUCUUGUCGUUUAUUCGCAUAAAGACGUGCAUUUAUAUUGCACAGCAAUUUUCGAACACGGCCAGUAGUCACUGAGACCCAUUCACAUCUGUGGUUUUUAUCUUCCUUAAUAUUGCCGUGAUGGGAGCAUGAUUGUUUACACGGAAGAGAUGUGUACGGUAUUUUUUACAAUCAUAGGCUGGGGACGAAUUAAGGAUUUUAUUUGACAGCAGAAUGUGUCUGUUAGUAUUGUCUUUUUCCUUUUUUUUUUUUUUUUGACCAAAGUGUUAUGCAAAGUCGGGGGAAGUGAGCGCUGUGCUUAGCUCAACCAUGUUGAAACGACAGUCUUAGUCCGAGGCUAAGACUUUCAACAUCGAACUGCACGCUCCAUGCAGUUUGCACUGAGUCCGGCGGUGAAUUGUGGUCGAUUUAAUCGAAAUUGACCAUUUCACAGAUAUUUGGUUCCCGUGUUGGGAGCGCUCAUGAAAGGGUGUAGGAUAUUGAAGUAUUGUAGUAAUUAUGCAGCUACACCUUUGAUAUUUAAAAAAGUAGACACAAAAUAUGUGCAUGCUAGGUACGGUUUCAAAAGCGAAAACUGAUCUGCCCUCUCGCCAGAAAUCAGAAUAUCUUAUCCUGUAAAAAAGAUUUGUUGGUUCAACUUAAAGUAAGUUACCUAGUUGCCUUAAAAUUUUUGGUUAAUUCAACUUAAAUGAUUAGUUUACGCCAAAAAAAGUUGAUUGUGUCAACUAAUAUUUUUAAGGAGCCCCUAAGGGGACAUGGAGCAAAAAUUAAAUAAAGUUUAGUUUCGCGUGCGCACGUGAAACUAUCGCAUGUUCAAGUGAAACUUUCGCAUGCGCAUGUGAAACUUUCGCAUGCGCAUGUGAAACUAUUGCGUGCGCAUGUGAAACUAUCGCUUGCGCACUUGAAACUAUUGUGCGCGCACGUGAAAGCAAAAGUUUCAUGUAAGCACGCGAAACUAAACUUAAAAAAUAAUGCUGCACAUGAAGGUUUCGCGUGAGCACAUGAAGGUUUCGCGUGAGCACAUGAAAGUUUCGCGUGAGCACAUGAAAGUUUUACGUGAGCACAUGAAAGUUUCACGUGAACACAUGAAACUAAACUUUAGAUUUUUUUACUCCAAUGUCACCUUAGGGGCUCUGUAAUUUUUAAGCUGAAUUAACAAAAAAAAUUAGGGCAAAUAGGAAAUUAUUUAAGUUGAACUAACUUCUUUUACAGUGUGGUCGUAAUUUAUUCGUAAAAAUUUGGUCAAAUUUUCCUCCAAAUUAUUUCGAACUCCAAUGAAGGGCAUUUAUUCCACUUAUCGAAAUUGUUGCGUGGAGAAAUUGGAUUUUCUCACCGAGCAGGCAGUCGAGUUCAGGCCUAGCUUGCUGCUGGUUCCUUCCCUCACGUUUUAAACAGGGUAAAGUUACCGUUUUUAGUACAGUACACCCCCAUCGCUCACGAAAAUCUCAGUACUGGUGUACUUGUAGCUUUAGUAGUUUGUAGUAAUCCGGACAUCGUAGGUCCUUCAUAGAUGUUUUUUGUUUGUUUCUUUUUUUAUCAAAACGGGGAGGGGGAAGUGUUGUUUUAAGGGUAUUUGGUUUGGUUUUAAUUAUCAAAUGCAAUGAGUUUUACCGUAAAAGCGAUUUAAAAAAACUUGUCUGAGAUGCUAGCUAGUCCAGCUACGACAAACGAUCAAAUGCCCUGGACGUUGUCAGUAGUUUCUUUUCUUUUUCGUUUUUUCCAAGGCAUCUCUGGAUGUGCUCGCUGUAACUCUCAUCAUUUCAGACAUUCCAAACAUGUUAGUUAUGCGUCGAGUAAUGUUUACAUAUUUGCACCUGACAAUGACUCUAGGGGUCCAUACCAAAGAUGCGCGUUCAGUCUGGUAAUGCCCCGUCUCAGGCCUGACAAGUGCAGCUAAAGCCGGGUGGCAACACUUCGGCAUCUCUGUCAAACCUUUGCAGAUGCUACCAAAUGGUUUGUGUUAAUCGCCACUGUGUGUGGAUCUGAUGUUUAAAUGCUUACACGUAGGUCAAAUGCUACAGCGCCGUUCGCGUGUACUUAAUCGUAAACGCUUCGUUUCAUCCAGUCCGCAAUGCAUUUGUUUUGUAUCCCGUCGUCGUUUCGUUUUGUAUGUUGUUUACUCGUAGAUAUCGUGAAUGUUUUCUUUUCUCGUGGGAGUUUGUUUUGAAGUGUGAGCAAGUUAAAUGUUGACUCUUGUAAUAGACUAAACUCACGAUACAGAAGGUAUUUGUUACAGGUAAGAUCUCCAAAACAUGCUGAACUAAAGCGCGAUAGGAUGUUUUACACGCCAUCACCUACGUAAGAACAGACCUUUAGGUAUCUAGAACAAUGACGCUGCUAUAAACAUGAGCCUUUGUGAAUGUGGCCGUUAACCUUACGUACUAAGUUUGUUUUGAAUUACCCAGAUUGUGGUCAUAUUUGACAGAGAGUCGGGAAUAUCGUCCCGAUUCUCUAAAAGAAACUCGGGACUUUUUGAUUUUGUUCUGGUGGCCUGACAGUACCUUCAAAACAACUUUACAGACCUUACAUUUGAUCCAUAAAUGAGCCAAUUUCCAUUUUGGGUCUAUAUGUUUUGUGUUUUCCUUCAUAUUUUACAGUGCAUCCCUCAUUUGUUCCUUUUUAUACAUUUUCUUUUGACAUUUCUACAUUGAAACUACCUCUUGUGUGAUAUCAUCUUGCGUGCUUUCAUUAGGGAAAAAGUGUUAAUCGUUAUUUAUUGGUUUCAUAGCACCACUCACCCCAUUUUGUAACCUUCAGAGAUUGAGAUAAGAAUAUAGUUUUCAUGUUUUCAUAUAUUUAGUCGCUGGCUACCAAUAUGUUUACCGUAGGUCAUUUAAUUGUUCCUCAGAUUUCCAUCAAAUGCUGCAUAGUGCGUUGACUUCACUCUUCAAUGAAGACCGUUUCUCAGUGCAAUUAUAACAUUGUUCUCAGUAUUAUAUUUAUAGUUGUGAACACUGUAUGUAAAUUGUUUUCAUGAAGAAUGUAUUUUUUUGUCGAUAUGACUAAUUGUUUUUCUCAACUGUUUACAUUUUUGUCAAUUCAUUGUAACGUUUGAUUACUUUAACGCUUUUCAGCCAAUCAGAUUUCUUUCACUUGAUUGUUACGGGUAUACUGAUUGGUUAUUGAAAGACUAUCAAAGUGCUGUUUAACUUGAGACUUCAUAGACAGGGGAACUUUCCUCUGUGCAAUUAUUGUUAAUCAAAUGGGGAUUUUAAUAUAAGAAGAAACAUGGUGAAUGUUGGGGCUUGUGCUCACCAUAAAGAGCCAGGUGAGAGGUUUUAACCCAUGGGUGAUAUCUCAGGGAAUAGACACGCUACCAAAAAUCAUCAGCACUCACUGUGUUAACAACACUGUUACAUGCUAAGCUUACAAGGUGACCUCCUUGUUAGUGAAAUGUGACUUGAAUGUUUUGUGUCUGUGUGGUUUUGGGAGUUUUGUCUGAGGUGUUUUUCCUAACCCACGUCAAAAACCUCUUGCUCUGCCUCGCUGACUUUUACUACCUGUGAAGAAUGUGACCCAUACGUGUUAUAAAAGCAUGUUUAGGAUGUUUUAGAACUUGAAACCAAAUAAAUGUGAAUCUUAUGCAACUGUGAAACUGUGUUUGGCUGGUCUUGUCACUUCUAAGCAUUUGGAGUCCUGCCUGUAA